UCUGUUUUAUAGUCUAAGUAUUGUGAUUCUUAUGAUAACGCAUUACUUUUGGAUAGCAACAAGAUAGCCAUCCUAGGGACCAAGGAUGUUGAGAACCCACCCCGGGGGAAAACUCUUCAACUCCAGCAGAUGAUUAGGACAGCAGCCACUAACUAUCUGAAGGAACAGUUGAUAUCACUUAAAACAUUGCCAACUGAAGCUGAGUUGAAAUCUCUCCAGGAUCAAAGAAGACAAGAGAUGUCUGCACGUAUUCAGCAGGAGAAACAGUUGGCAGUCCUUGAAGCCCACCAGGCUGAGAUGCAACGGAGGAGAGAUUCUCCACAACACAGAGAUCUCAUCAUAGCUUAUCACCUAGUCAGAAGAAGCCUGCAGAUCAGAAUCGCCUACGGGGUCCAUGGGUGGGGGAGUAGGGAGGCGAACGUUACCUGCACCAGGUGAGCGAGGCCGAGAAGUCUGAUUCUGCAAGAGUAUAAAUUUGGUCAGGACUCAAUCGCCCAUAGAAAGGAGCGAUUAAACAGCCGUUAGGCCAGGCACCGGUAUUAUUAAUAAGAUGGAAAUCAUCCCCUGCAACAGAGACAUGAAAUGAUGUGUACGAAUUGUGUUUAGUUUUUAAUUUGGUGUAAGCAAGGAAAGUAAGCUGCAAUUGAUCCUUUAGAGAUGUCUGAACAUCAGAUGAUGUUACAUCAGGCGAAAACCGAGAGACAAAAAGGGACUUGAUACGACCCUCUUCUGCACAACAGAGGGAAGAGCUUCUCACCCCGAUCAUGGUAACCCUGGGCUUCUUUGUGGUAUUGGCAACAGCAGUGUUUACAGGAGAUGGGGUUACCCACUUCUAAAAUGGAAUAUGGAACUGUGGGCUUUGCUAUAAUAGCGAAACUUUUUUAUCUUUGAUUUUAAACAAAAUUUGAAAUGUUAAAUAU